AUGUCUGCCGCCCGCCUGACCCACGUCGCUAAGGAGCUCUCGAGCUACGCUCCGUGGGGCGCCCCUACUGUGCUGUUGGUCGGCUGGAUGGCGUGGCCCGCGCUCUCGCCCACGUUCAAACAGGAGACGCUGGGCCUGCGACCGUCGCAGCCGUCGUCCGUCAGUGCCAAGCAGGAGCUGAUGCGCUCGUCUGCCACGUACAAGUACGUGAAGAACGAGAUCGGAGAAGCCCCGACGCUGGAGGAAGAGGACUAA